AUGAUGAAGCGUUUACAACGUUACAAGAAUGACGACGAAUCAAUAUCAGUAUUUCCAGCAGAAAUUCGUAAAGUACCAAAAAGUUUAGAAGAUAUUGUACGAACAACAAAAUUCAAUAAAUCGGAAAUACGAUUACUCUACAAAGGAUUUAAACAGGAAUGUCCACAUGGUGCGGUAACUGAACGUGAAUUUCAAACUAUUUAUUCACAUUUUUUUCCUCAUGGCAACUGCCAAAGUUAUACAAGUUUUCUAUUUCGUAUUUUGGAUAGACGAAAACGAAUGUAUUUCACAUUUGAAGAUUAUAUUCAAACAUUAUCAGUUUUGAUACGUGGUAGUAUGAAAGAAAAACUUCAAUGGGUCUUUCGUUUCUAUGAUAUAUCGGAUGAUGGCAGAUUAACGAAACAAACAAUUGAGAAAAUGCUUCGUUCGCUAUAUGAUCUUCUCGGAUCGAAUAAUAACAUUCAUCAACCUGUUAGUGAUGAUACAGUUGAAAAACAUUCUGCUAUUGUAUUUGAAAAACUUGAUUGUCAACGGACUGGAAGUAUUAAUUUUGAUGACUUUGAAAAAUAUUGUCUACGUGAUGAACAGUUAAUAAAUACAAUUAAUUUACUCUCAUCAACUGCCAUUUGA